AUGGCGGGCAGAAUGGUGCUGUACAAGCUGGUGGUGCUGGGAGACGGUGGUGUCGGUAAGACGGCCCUGACCAUCCAGCUGUGCCUGCAGCACUUCGUCGAGACGUACGACCCGACAAUUGAGGACUCAUACCGCAAGCAGGUCGUCAUCGACGGCCAGCCCUGCAUGCUCGAGGUCCUCGACACGGCCGGCCAGGAGGAGUACACAGCGCUGCGAGACCAAUGGAUCCGAGACGGUGAGGGCUUCGUCCUCGUCUACAGCAUCGCAUCCCGCUCGUCCUUCACCCGCAUUAAGCGCUUCCACCACCAGAUCCAGCGCGUCAAGGAGUCGGUAGCCUCCUCGCCCUCAUAUCCGGGCUCACCUCUGUCCGCCGCCAGCCCGCAGCUGCCCGUGCCCAUCAUGCUGGUCGGCAACAAGAGCGACAGGGUCACCGAGCGCGAGGUAUCGACCCAGGAGGGGCACGCCCUCGCUCGCGAGCUUGGCUGCGAGUUUGUCGAGGCCUCGGCCAAGAACUGCAUCAAUGUUGAAAAGGCCUUCUACGACGUCGUCAGGAUCCUGCGCCGGCAGCGCCAGCAGGCUUCGCGACCCCCUGCGGGCGCCAGCGGCCGAGCCCGAACCAGCAACGGCGACGCGGGCGGAGGAAGCCGAGACACGCACCGGUACCGGCGCGGCAAGGACGGCGAGAAGGGCAAGUCCAAGUGCAUUGUCUUAUGA